ACAACCUUUGUGCGACCGUCCGGGUGUAGCGGAGUUCGCCGGUGCACGCCGCAGGUGGGUCGCCUGUCCGCGCCCCGCCCAUGCUGCGGUCCCCAGCCAUGGCCCUCGCCAUCCGAGUCGUUUAUUGUGGUGCUUGAGGCUACAAGUCCAAGUAUCUUCAGCUCAAGAAGAAGUUAGAAGAUGAGUUCCCCGGAUGCCUGGACAUCUGCGGCGAGGGGACUCCCCAGGCCACCGGCUUCUUUGAAGUGAUGGUAGGGGGGAAGUUGGUUCACUCCAAGAAGAGAGGCGAUGGUUACGUGGACACAGAGAGCAAGUUUCUGAAGCUGGUGGCCGCCAUCAAAGCCGCCUUGGCUCAGGGCUAAUGGGCCCCGAAGGCAGAGAACGAGUAGCGGUUUCUAUCUUGUGCUCUGGAUCACGGAGCUGCUUUUCAGCACCUUCCGAGCCUGGUUUCCCAUUUCCUGGCCAACGUGUUCCAGAUGAGCCCCAAAUCCGGCCUGUUCUAGAACUGGGCAGACCAGAACCAAGGUCUAGCUCCUGACGCUCGACAGUCUGGAAGGACUUGGUACCGUUCCCUAAUCUCAAGAGUCAGUCUUUCCUCUGGUGUUCUGGAACUAACUUCCAUCCCAGCGUCCUGUGAACCCAAGUGCCAGUCCCCAGGGUGCUUUGCUCCAGAAAACUGGUUCUCAGGUGCUUUAAACUCAAGUUCUGUUUCUUUUCCUUUUUUUUUUUUUUUUGAAAUUUAUUUAUGUAUUAAAAAAAAUUUUUUUUAAC